CUUCAAUGCGGGAUAUAGAUAUGAACAGUUUGGAACAUGUAACAGCUGAAAGGUCGGCCUACAAGCUGGAAGCACACCGACAACUAGCAGAGAUGGGAUACCGUAUCUACUUAUCGGUGCUAGUGUGUGAUGUGAAGUGAUGAUUUUCAAAUUAAAUCAAGCAUUAAGAAAUAAAUGCUCAUGCGAAAGCUUCUAGACAUAAUUUGGAUGUGAAGUGGAAGUUAGUGAUAUUUCUUAUAUUAAAGGGAACAAUUCGCCACAGGGUUAAAGUGUGCCGGACAUUGCUAAGAUAAAAACGUGUGCCCCAUGACGGACUACGAGCGCAUCAGGCGCUCCUGUUUGAAGCGCGGGGAACUGUGGGAAGAUCCUGAGUUUCCCGCUACCCAAACUUCAGUAUUUUACCACCAGACACCACCGUUUCAAUUCGUAUGGAAGCGUCCCAAGGAAUUGUCCACAAGACCAGUUUUUGUUCACGAUGCCCCAGCUCAGUUCGACAUCAUACCAGGGAAGAUGGGUGACCGUUGGCUGGUGUCCUGCCUCGGGGUCCUCUACCUCAGCAAGGGUCUCUUCUACAGAGUCGUACCCGCAGACCAGACCUUCUCGGCCCCUGACCAGUACGCCGGUGUCUUCCGUUUCCGGUUGUGGUGGUGUGGCGAAUGGGUGGAGGUACUUGUGGACGACCGUUUGCCCACUGUUCAUGGGAGACUGGCGUUCUUGCAAGCUCACAGCUCGGAACAGUUUUGGCCGGGACUUUUGGAAAAGGCCUAUGCUAAGUUGCACGGGUCAUACGAAGCACUGAAGUAUGGGACCCUGCUGGACGGCCUAGCGGACCUCACUGGAGGCAUCACCGAAAGCAUCAGCAUCCGUCAGGACCCCACGACCUGCGGGCGCAUGCUCAGCAAGCUGCUCGAAAUGACGUCACUCAUCACNAAGCCAUUCAACUUCCAGAUUAGAAAUCAGCUUGAGAAGCUGGCGAAUGGGAUCCACAUCGGAACGAAUUAUCGGCUGUAUGCUGUUGAAAGGGUGGAGACAUUUGGUGGUGAUCCUGUACAACUUGUCAAGUUAAGGAAUCCAAUGGGUCCUGGUGGAGAAUAUGUAGGGGCCUGGGCUCGAGAUUCAUUGGAUUGGGAUGAGGUGCCACCACAGGAGAAGGAACGACUGGCUGUGAGGCAUAUGGGAGAUGGUGAAUUUUGGAUCUCUUACUCGGACUUUGUGAAGACAUUCACACAUCUUGAGGUUGUUCAUCUUGACAGUGACACAAGUCGUGAUGAGCCAUCGCUGCAUCAUAAAAGCACUUGGCAGAUGCGUCUCUACCAGGGAGCAUGGCAACGAGGUGUCUCGGCUGGAGGAUGCAGAAAUAAUCCAGACACAUUUCACAUCAACCCUCAACUUCAUCUAAUCCUGAGCGAAAUGGAAGAAGUGAUUGUUUCACUGAACCAACACAGCAUUAUGGAACCUAAGGUCAUAGGCUUCACAGCGUAUUCUUUGCCAAAGAACAACUCUGAAACAAUAGGAAAACAAUUCUUCAAGAAGAACAAGUCUCUUGUUAACUCCCAGUAUACAAAUAGCAGACAGGUGAGUCAUAGGUGCCAACUGGAACAAGGAGGAUACCUGAUUCUUCCAACGACAUUUGAACCAGGACAGGAAUCCAGUUUUACACUGCGCGUAUAUUCCAGCAAACCUCUCAAACUUAAAUUACUUGACAUGCAGCCAUCGUUAAUAAAGUCAGCCAUCAUCAAGGCACCAGCCACUUUGGAUGGGAAGAGUUUUAGCCAGUAUGAAGCUGUUUUCUUGCAACUGGCUGAUGAGCACAGAACAGUAAAUGCCUUUGAGCUGCAAGAAUUACUGGAUGCUUGUUUACCAAAUGAUUAUAUAAAGAGUUGUGCCUGUAUGGAGGUGUGUCGGCAAGUGGUCCUCACGUUGGAUAACUCUGGAAGUGGUCGACUAAAGUUUAGUGACUUCAAGGAUUUGAUGUGCAGCCUGAAAUAUUGGCAAACAUCGUUCAAAAACCACACUAAGGAAAAAACAGGGAUAUUAAAAGCAGAACGACUUAGAGAUGCUCUGUUAGAAGUGGGUUUCCAGUUGAGUACAGACGUACUUUCAAUUCUCAUUCUUCGCUACAUGAGAAAAGAUGGAACACUCCGUUUUGGGGAUUUUGUGUCUGCCAUUUUACAUCUGAGUGUUGCAUUCAACUUAUUUGAAUCAAAGGAUCCACUUCAGAAUGGAAGUAUAAAACAAAGUCUUGCAGAGUGGCUGAAAUCUUCCCUGACCUGUUGACACGUUUUUCAGCAUACCACAGUCAGCAAGUAAAGUGAUUUCCAGAAUUCCAAGUCAACACUGAUGUUUCAGUGUGUGUGAAUAUUUUAAUUAUGACAGAGUAACUGUACAAUAUGUGUAUACUGUAUAUAUUAUAGUGAAGCAUUAAAUACGUUUUCAUUACCGA